GCACUUCGACCGUCACACAGUGGUGGCUGCUUAGUUGUCUAUUCUGCACGAACAAAUUUGAAUUCCAGAUCAUGGCCGAGGAGGCUUUUGAUGUCGUGGUGGUCGGCUCCUGUAUGACUGACUUGGUGAGCCAGGCACCAAGGUUACCCAAAGCAGGGGAAACUAUCCAUGGGCACAAGUUCUUCAUUGGCUUCGGAGGAAAAGGGGCCAACCAGUGUAUCCAGGCUGCCAGACUGGGGGUGAAAACCGCUAUGGUGUGCAAGGUUGGUAAAGACUUCUUUGGAGACAAUUACAUCCAGAAUUUCAAGGACAACGGCGUACACACAGACUUUGUAGGGCAGACCUCUGACGCAGCCACGGGAGCUGCUUCCAUCACUGUCAACGAUGCAGGUGAGAAUGCCAUCGUGAUCGUGGCUGGUGCCAACAUGCUGCUGGGCAGAGAGGAGCUACAGAAAGCUCUUCCAGCCAUCAGUCGUGCAAAAGUGCUGGUGUGCCAGCUGGAGAUCAGUCCACAGACGUCCUUGGAGGCACUACGCAUGGCUCGCGACAACAAAGCGAAGACAAUAUUCAACCCAGCGCCGGCCAUUCCUGACUUGGAUCCAGAUUUCUACAAAGUCUCUGAUGUGUUCUGCUGUAAUGAGUCUGAGGCAGAGCUGCUCACUGGUUCCUCAGUAACUAAUCUGGAAGAAGCACAUCGCGCUGGUCAGGAGCUGCUGAAGCGAGGCUGCGGGUCAGUCAUCAUCACUUUGGGACCUCAGGGUAGUGUGGUGCUCAAGGCACAGGAAUCUACCUCAAAACAUGUUCCAGUUCCUGCUGUCACAGCCGUGGACACUACAGGUGCAGGAGACAGCUUUAUUGGCGCGCUGGCAUUUUAUAUGGCUAAUUAUUCCACAAUGCCUCUGGAGGAGAUGGCCCGCAGAGCCAAUCAGGUGGCGGCGGUGAGCGUGCAGGCUGUCGGCACGCAGACGUCCUACCCCUUCAGACGCAACCUACCGGCUGAGCUGUUCUGAGAGCAGCAGUCCACGCCGGUGUAAACAGACCAAGCCUGGAUGGGGUCACAUUGACCGAACAAUGAACUGAUUAAUGAAAUUAGCUGCUUUUGAGAAAUCCGAGAAUGAACAAUAUUGUGAAACUGUUGAGGACUGUUGAAUAAACAUGGCAACGUGACAUUUAUAUUCAGAUGUACGGCACAUAAUUGACAGAAUUUAUUGAAUUCACCCACAAAGAUGAUAUUUUCAGAAGUGGUUCAAAUAAAUUUACCUGGUUUAAAUGUUUACCUUCUACAUUUGACUAAAUCAAAAUCAAUGACGCACACUGUACAGAGCCACUGAACAGCCACGGAAACAUAUUCUAUCAAGACAGCUGUGGUGGUCCCUAUAUAUAACAUCCGCUAUUAGUUUCUUCUUUAAAGUGUUGAUCAUCAAGACUUUGUUGAAGCCCAGCUGGGGCUUGCAUCACUCUGGACUGCUGCAGCGUGGAGGAUAGAAUAGCAGGCUUUUUGCACAUCCAGGGGGAAUCUUUCGAAGAUCAGUCAGCCAAAAAGGAAAUGUUGACUGACAGUCUGUAUAUCCAUGACAAUAAAAAUAGUCUGUUUAAACCUU